CUGCUGCUCUCCCUCUGCCGAAGGUACGAGGUCCUGGAUCGCUUUCCACACCUCCCGCCUGAGGCCAGGCGCGAGGUGUCGCUUAGAAGCCUGACAGCCUGUUUGGGAGCCAGCCUCAGGUCAGCCAAUCAAUGCCUCAGAUCAAUAAGCAAAUAUGCAUCCCGCCGGAGCUGCCAGAAUUGCUGAAGCAGUUUACCAAAGCUGCCAUCCGGACCCAGCCACAGGACCUCAUCCAAUGGGCUGCUGAUUAUUUUGGGGCCAUGUCCCGUGGAGAGAUUCCUCCAGUGAGAGAGCGUUCUGAGCGGGUUGCUCUGUCUAACUGGGCAGAGCUCACACCUGAGCUGUUAAAGAUCCUGCAUUCUCGGGUUGGUGGCAGGCUGAUCAUCCAUGCAGAUGAGCUAGCCCAGAUGUGGAAGGUGCUGAGUCUCCCCACAGAUCUGUUUAACAGUAUAAUGAAUGUGGGUCGCUUCACGGAGGAGAUCGAGUGGCUGAAGUUUUUAGCCCUUGCUUGCAGUUCUCUUGGAGUUACCAUUGCCAAAACCCUCAAGAUAGUAUGUGAAGUUUUAUCAUCUGACCAUGAUGGCGGACCUCCCCGAAUCCCUUUUAGCACCUUCCAGUUUCUCUACACAUAUAUUGCGGAAGUGGACGGGGAGAUCUCUGCAUCGCAUGUCAGCCGAAUGCUAAACUACAUCGAACAGGAAAUAAUUGGUCCUGAUGGUUUAAUCAAGGUGAAUGACUUCACCCAAAACCCCAGGGUUCGGCUGGAGUAAAAACACAAUUCUGGCCAUUUUAAAGGAAGAUACAGAGAUGAUUGUUCUCCAGAAUGACUGAACCCCACACACCAUCCAGUGUCAGUUUUCUUGUACAACUGGUACACACUAAUAAA